GUUUCCUUGUCUGGAUGUCAUCAUAUGCGAGAUGGUGCUGUGGACCGAAUGCAUAUUAUGAAACAAAAUAAAUACAAAAUCUAAUGUUUCGCGUAAGAAAUUAUCGUUUUCUUUUGUACAUUGAUGGACCCAAUCACAAAUUGAGCAUAAUUAGCUGUAAAGUCGUUUUUGUUUGAUAUAAUUUAUCAGGUGAUUACACCCCCUCUAACAAACGCUUUUGUGGCUAUGACUACGGAUUUACUAUCUGAUUUGGAUAGUCGUUUCUUCGCUGAUAACCUUCUGACAAGCGAAGAUUGGGGUAAGUGAGAGAGAGAACUACAUAAAUGCUACUGUAAUGUAUGUUUACCACCUGGGCAGCAUGGAUGCGUUAGCUAGCUACGUAGCUAACUAGUUAAAAUGAUCCGCUACUGUAGCUAACUAACGCGACUUUUAGCUGAUCACGAACCCGUGAAAUUGACUAUGCCUAUUCCCUUUCCUAAACCCAGGCAAAAAAAUCCAAAUGUGAAAGUUAGUUGUAGAAUGAUACGCAGUUUGGGGUGGUUUGGUUUCUUUCGUGGGUGUGUGUCAAUGACUAGCUAUAUAUGUACACUGGGCAACAAACCGGAUAUGUUAGCUAGUUAUCAAAAAUAUUUGGUAUUGAUGUGAGAAAAGCUUGUGCUGUGCAAGCUUUCGUUUUCCAUAACAUAAAGGCUAGCUGGAAAUACCUUCGGUCCCAAAUACCUGAAUUACAAACGUAUGCAAUAUAUGAAACAACCAUAGGCCUUAGCCUACCUAAAGACUGAAAACAUAGUUAGCUAUGGGACAUCUGGUGGUCUGGAAUAUCUGGGCAUCUGUCCCUUUCUUAAAUCAAUAGAAUUUGCAUCUUUCUUGCUUUCAUUGUAGGGCACUGUAUUUGAGAUAACUUCCCCUUUUACUGACUCCCUGAAUAUUGCUUUUGUAUGCUCAAGUUUGCAGACUUAAGUCUUUGGUUAUCUCAUGCAAUCUGUAAACUGUGAGGGCUUUAAUUUCCUGUGAUCACUGAACCUGAUUAACUCUAACAUUUACUCUUUAUGAUAGACAUAAUUUAAACAGGCCUGUAGUAUGAAUCAAACCAACUGUGGAAAAGGUUUUAUAGUUGUAAAGGAUAGCCUACUCAGUAUUCUUUCAGCGUUCUUUCAAGAAAAAAACACCCCACGAUAAUGUAGGCUAGAACUAUAUUUUUCAUUUCAGCCCAUAAGUUGGGCCUCUAGUUAACGGGGUCUGCUAUUAUCAGGAGUAGCUACGACUUUUGCUAUCCCUUGGCUAAUUGAAAUUCAACAGUAAUGGGGAACAAUUCUCAGCACAGAGAAGGUUGUUAUCGGAUCCCUCUGCUAUUGAAGCUGGGUCACCUCAGGGCUGAAAACCUCCAUCUCAUUUAUUUUAAGCCAGCUUCCCCUCAACUGCUUAGAUUUCCCUCUCUUUGCAACGCCAGAAAACCCAAACUGGACUCCUGUGAAUUAAACCCGUUUUUAAUGUUAAAUGGGUGUAGAAAAGCAUCAAACCUUGAGCUUAUUUUGGGUAUUGUGUUUAUGAUCACCAUCAUCAUUUACAAGUAGAUCCCUCUUCUUGUUUUAGCUCAAAGGUCAGAGUCAUGCAUUUCAACUCUUGUCAAACCAAAUAAGGCACGGGGAACCAUGGCGGACAAGAGGUCGCAGUGGGACAUUGAUAAGGCUUUACAAACGCCAUAGCAACUGACACUCAAGCAAAUAGACUUGAGUCUGUCCAUAUUAAUAAUUAUGUUCCUACAGUACUAACUAAUUGGUCUGUCUGUCUGUCUCAGAUGCCUGUCUGUACCAGUGUGAGAGCAUGGAGGAGGGAGAGGACGGGGAGUACACGAGAGGACUGAAAUAUGAAACAUCGGUACGGACAAAGAGAGUUUCUGCUCACAGACCCUGACUAUUAUCUGGCCACUGUACUGCACAUGUUUUGAUCACCACAUUGAAGUUAAUCCAAAGCUAUGACCAAUGCUAAUCGCUCUUUCAAUGACUUAGACCAAAUUCCCUGUCUACUCAACAUGAGGCCUAUUUCAAUCUACAUCCCUACAAUCAACCAUUGGAAAUGUCUUGUUUGUUAGUAAUAUAUGAGGUAACCACCACUGUUACUUCCAUAUCUGCUUUCACAAUAUGGUCCAAAUUUGAGAUCCAACAACACAGGUAAUUAAAAUGUUCAAAUCUUCCAUUGACUUGAUUUGUGCAGAAGUCUCAGUUACGAGUGUAUCUCAAAUUAAGAUUUGGUCCAUAAAGACUAGGCCUAUCUGAUACAAGCAUCUCAGUCAAUUCAGAGUUGCCAGGCCGUCAUUGUAAAUAAGAAUUUGUUCCUAAUUGACCUGCUUGGUAAAAUAAAGUUGAAAUAAAAUACAGUGUGCAAUAGUGCAGCAGUCUGCUCAUUCUUGCUCUAUGAGAGUAGUAUCAGAAUAAAGCAGGCAGCGUUACACACUAGCUAGCAGUGGUGAGAGUUCAGUGUGUGAUGCCAAGAUGAAAUGAGGUAACUUGAGUGAGCCUGAGACGGGCCGGCCGAUAAUGGGGCUGAUUGCCUGUAGGGGCAACCGAUUGCGUGCCCCCUAUCGACCUACUGACUAAUCCAGACGAUGGCCUAAUGCUGCGCUCCACUUCCUUGCUCUCUUCGCAGUUUGACAACGAUCUCGUGCUGACUCUUGAUCCCGACAAUCCCACGUCACCAUGGAGACACCUGGACGACAACCUUCUCACAGGUGCAGAGAUUAAUAAAACAUGGCAGGAAACAUGAGAAGAGGUUUUCCUUUUGAAAGUAUUAGUUGUGGUAGUAGACAUGUUAUUACGACUAUAGAAGGCCCAUAAGGUAAAAUAAGGACAUGAAUGAAAUAGGCCUAAUGAUUUCUCCGUGUUAUUUUAAAGAUCAAACAUGUACAAGGCUAAUGCAGGAUUUAUGUACAAUAAGCUUUCGAGCUGUUUGACCUCAAAGUAUAAGUGGAAAUGUAAUUAUGUGAACAUCAAUACUUCCCUAAUGCACUACCACUCCAAUUUAUCAAUAAGGAUGUCAUUGUAGCUCAGCAUCAGUUGUGGUGUACUUGUAUAACCUUUCUCCCUCCCUCCUCUCUCUUUGCCUUUCUCUCACUCUUAAGGGGACAGUCCCGUAUUGAAAGAAAAAAUGACGAUAACGCAGCCUUUGCCAGUGGACAUGUGUAAGUUCCUCUUUGGCUAUUGCUUACGUGUGUGUGUGUGUCUUAGUUUAUGCUUGAAUGUGAAAUAUUCACUGUGUCCUUUGUAUAAUUUGUGUGUGAUGUUCCAGUGUUCCGGGUGAAGGCGGAGCCUCCCUCCCCUGCCUCCUCGCUGGCCUCAGACUGCUCCCUGACGUCACUCCAAGACUCACAGGUCAGUCCAGACAGAGAUCAGCUUCCACACCACACUACUAAAAGCAUCUUAUGCAAUAUUGAUGCACCACAGUUUAGAGACUCUGAGAUACAAUGUUCACAAAGUGCUAAUUUUAGAGCCUAGUUAGAGUAUGUCAAAACUAACCAAUGUGCAACAAAGGUGUGAAGCCUUUUUUUAAUGUCUUCCACAUCUCUCUCUUUCUACCACUCAGAUCACAGUGAAAGGGGAGAACCCGCCCACACCUCCUUAUAUGUUUGGAGAUGUGCUGUCACCACCACUUGGCACAUGUGAAGUCACAGUGGCCUCCGCACAACAUGCCCAACCACAGUCCCAACUGCCCCCACAGCCACAGCAACACCAAACCGCAGCCAACAAUGGCAUCGACGCACAGGCCACAGGUGUGUGUUGCUACAGUGAUGUCAGCUAUACUGGAGGUGUACAUGCUGCACAGGAAAGAAUUCAGCCACAAGAGAGCAGACUUCAUAUCAUGUACUUUUGAUGCAAAUGUUCUUGGCAGACAUUUAUAGUGCAUGGGAGUGGUUUUAACUCCCACACUGUCAUGCUCUCUGUCACACUAUCAUGUUCUCUCUAUCGCUCACACACUCCCUCCCUCCCUCCAGUCCACCCCACUGCGGCCACGAUCAAAGCCAGUACCAUCCUGAGCAGUAAGCCUCCCAUCCAGCCCAGGCCUGUGUGUGUAGCAGCUCUCCCCGUCCCCCAGGCUCCCAGUCCAGCCAAGGCCCUCAUACUGCACAGCCUGCCUAGCAUGGACCAGAGCAGGCCUGGUAAGUCCUGGGACCAGACUGACCAUUUUUCACACAUGACAUUCCAGGCUUACCAUUUGGUGAAUGCACGAGGUUCAUUAAAGGGGAGGCUUGAAUUACAUUUUUUAAAUUUCUCUGUGUGUGUGUGCACUUGCUCAAAUCGCUACAAUACCUAUCAAUGUAUAUUCCUGCGACGAUUGUUGAUUAGAAAGCUAUUUAUAGGGGCCUCCCGAGUGGCGCAGCGGUCUAAGGCACUGCAUCACAGUGCUAGAGGCGUCACUACAGACCUGGGUUCGAUCCCGGGCUGUAUCACAAAUGGCCGUGAUCGUGAGUCCCAUAGGGCGGCGCACAAUUGGCCCAGCGUCGUCCGGGUUAGGGGAGGAUUUGGCCGGCGGUGCUUUACUAGGCUCAUCGCGCUCUAGCGACUCCUUGUGGCGGGCCGGGCGCCUGCAGGCUGACCUCGGUCGUCAGGUGAACGGUGUUUCCUCCGACACAUUGGUGCGGCUGGCUUACGGGUUAAGCGGGCGGGUGUUAAGAAGCGCAAUUCGGUGGGUCAUGUUUCGGAGGACACAUGACUCGACCUUCACCUCCCGAGCCCGUUGGGGAGUUGCAGCGAUGAGACAAGAUCGAAAUUGGGGAGAAAAAGGGGGUAAAGUAUAAAACAUUUAAUCUCAGAGUAUUUUUUUUAUUACCCGUAUUCUGGAUUUUAGUGUGUCUGUCUGGUAAGAUAAUUUAUUAUGUAAUGGCAUGGUUAUGUAAUAGCUAAGUGAUGUUCCUUUCCUCCCAUAGUGGUGCUUUCCCAGUCUGUCUGUCUGGGGUCUGCUCCAGCCAUCGUCAAAAUGGAGCCUGUCUCUCCCACCAUGCCUCACGGCCAUUGCCCCACGGCCCCAUUCCCCAGCAAACCCAUAGUCCCAGCGUCCUCUCUGCCAGGGAACAAUGGCAUCGAUGUGAGUGUCUGUCAGUCACAUGUCAGUCAGUCAGUGAGUAGGAUUUGGUCUCUUUCACUCUCUUCAACUGUUGUAUUACCUCAGGCUUCACUGUCAGAUCAUACACCAUGCCAUCAGCUGCUGUUGACAAGUUCUGCCAUGAUUACAUUUCAUGCAUUCUCCACUCCGGCCGUGUCACAGAUGAAGGCGAUGAAGAGGCAGCAGAGGAUGAUCAAGAACCGCGAGUCGGCGUGCCAGUCACGCAAGAAGAAGAAGGAGUACCUGCAGAACCUGGAGGGCCAGCUGAGGGAGGCGCAGCAGGAGAACGAGCGCCUCCGCAGGGAGAACCAGGCCCUGAGGGAGAGGCUUGCCGGGAAAGAGGUACAGGAGGGGUGGGGAGAGGGAGGGAGGGUGGAGUGGGAGGGAAGAAAGUACAGUGGAAGGGAGAAAGGAGAGGUAUGGGAGGAGAGUAGUGGCGGAGGUACAGGAGGAGAAUCAAGGGGAGGGUAGGAUAGAAAGAAGGCAGCAGGGGAGCUGGAGAGCCAAGAAACCUCCCUUAAAGGUGCAAUAUGUAGAAAUCGCUCUUCCAUUUCCUGGUUGCUAAAAUUCAAAUAGUUCGCCUAAUUUCACUUUGUGACAAAACAAGCAAUGUGUACCAUCAAAUCCGCUGUGAAAUACUGUGUAUUUUCAAUAACCAAAACCGGGCAUAAAAUUAGGUAUUGGCGGGUAAGAAUGUCUAUUUUACCAGCCACGUUGGCAGGUGGUCAAUUUGCAGGGCUCUACAGUGUGAGCAUUACAUUUACGAAUAAAAAUAUUCAAAAGUCAAGUAUGAGCACAGUAUGAAAAUGUAUGCACUCACUAACUGUAAGUCGCUCUGGAUAAGAGCGUCUGCUAAAUGACUAAAAUGUAAAUGUAAAAUGUGCUAGUUGCGAUUAAUUGUAGAAAAAUGCUGCAGAAGCUGUUUUCAAAGUAUUUCUGCUGUUUUGUUUCAUAGCUGCUAAUCACACAAAGAAAUACGAAUCCUAUAUCCCACCUCACGCAACAACACUGCCUGGCAGGAGAGCUGUGCGCUCUGAGUGAAGUGCUGAUAGAUUCAUUUUUGCGCAUAGAAGUUGGUCAAAUUAACUCUACAGUGAGACUUUGUCCUCGUGUUUGUUGGCUAUUUACAUUGUUUUAUUCACAAGCUAGGUUGUUUUUCAACGUUAGUUUGAGUCUGCUGCUUCAACUGAUAGCGAGGAGAUGCCCUAGUAAGAUCCCAAAUAUCACAGACACACAUGACACGACACAAGUGGCCCUGUUACCACGGUAACCUCCCGCCCUUAUAGGCGCAGCUGAAAAUGGUCUCUUCUGAUAUUUUGAUUAAAAUUAAGGGAAAUUGAGCAAUAUACCACAUUACUUUUUACUAACACAUUUCUUGUUUUAAUCAUGGUCAUCCGUUCUGUUUUUAUUUGUAAUUUUUCGCUGUAAUAAUGGCGAGAAAAUAUUUUGGCCGGUAAAGAAUCUGAGUGGCUGUUAGAUUUUAAAAAAUCUACCUGCCACAGUGGCUGGUGGACCAAAAAGUUAAUUUUAGGCCCUGGACCAAAAAUAUAGUAUUUUCAGCUGUUUGAAGCUAGUGUACAAAACCGAAAGUAAAAAAUGAAACUUGAGAGAAGCAUAGAAAUACUGCACAUAGAACAGAUCUACCGCUUCUUAGACUUGUUUUUAAUAUGAAUGACAGAUCUAUGUGAAUUUGGUCGGAUCGACCAAAAAGUUACAUAUCGCAGCUUUAAGCAAAUGUGUUCGGCGAUUACAUUACUGAGCCAGAGCUAGAUUUCCCUAAUGAACUGGAUGGACUGCAUUGCUUUCAAUUAAUCUUUCCAAAUGAAAGUCUUAAGAAUGUGGUUAAGAUUUGUCUGUACAUGUAUUUUAAUUUUUUAAAGUAUUGACUAGGGAUACAUUCAAAGAGGGCAUUGAGGACACAUGUUUGUACUUGCGUGUGUACGCUGUGCUUUAACACUCCUCUCUCGGUGUUCCAGGGCAGUGAGUCUGGUAACAACAAGAGGGCCGUCUGCGUCAUGGCAGUGCUACUCUUUAUGACCUUCAGUUUCGGCCCUGUCAGGUAAAAGUCACUGUUCAUAGUCACUGCCAUUCAAUGAAGUGUUAACAAUCGGCAAAUUGGCCAAAACAAAUCCUUUGUUUUUAAAGAGUACAUUACUCCAUGAUUUUAAUGUUUUGAUUUUGACCAAAUGUUUCUUCCAGUAUCACAGACAGGAAGCUGGAGACGGGGUUACAGGAAGAGGUGGUCCCUCACACAGGAAGACAUCUCAUGGAGUUUGAGGCGGCUCAGGAACACAGCAGAGUGGAGGAAAGGAUGGAUCCUGAGGAGGAGGGAGGAGAGGAUGGGUGGAAGGGAGGAGAGGAAGAGAGGGAAUCCACUGAUUCAUAUCAGUUUAGGUGGGUAAUAAAGUCCAAUUCAUAGUUAAUUCUGCAUAUCCAUGAUGGUGAGCCUGUUCGUUAUGACCUUUUCACAGCCAUCUGCGACUGCUGGCCAUGUGGGUCGUACAUCCAAUCAUGCAUCUACCAAAGGUUCUAAUCGAUGAGGCUUUGCAAACAUGGCUUCAGUCAAGUAGAAUGCCCUUAGAGAACAUUUUACAUUUACAGUUUAGUCAUUUAGCAGACGCUCUUAUCCAGAGCGACUUACAGGAGCAAUUAGGGUUAAGUGCCUUGCUCAAGGGCACGUCGACAGAUUUUUCACCUAGUCGGCUCGGGGAUUAGAACCAGCGACCUUUCGGUUACUGGCACAACGCUCUUAACCACCAAGCUACCUGCCUCCCCAGAACAAGGCAGUGUUUGAGCUGUGCAGAAGAUUUGGAUGCAGUCAUACUGGUCUGAUCUUGGAAGUAUGUAACAGGCUGUCAUAAAAUGAAUGAUGUCCACAUAUGACUUGCCUGUUAAGAGUUUACUUUGUGUUUACAGCUUUUUAAGGACUUGUGCCCUUGAAAGCACUAGGUUUCCAUAGAAUAUUAGUGAUAUACUGGUUAGGCUUUCAGAAGGAUGUUGAAUCUGUUCAAAGUUGCGGUUUCAUGUUUGGCUGUUUUCAGGAACCUGAGUGACGUGUUCAGCGACGUGAAGGACUUGGUCCUGCAGGACAUCGGCCGCUAUUUCACCUCCAAUGACUGCAGGCAGUUCAACCGUUCCGAGUCCCUCAGGUCAGCAGCGUUGCUAUGGUCGCAACUCAGGAGUCGCUCUCUGUCAUCCCAUCUCUCACCAAAUGAUGCAGAUAUGAUAUUGUUACUCCCAUCUUCAGUGCACCUGUGCUCUCAUAUAUCUGUGUUCAAAGGAGGCGGUGUAUAUCAUAUCCUCAUAGAUCCCACUGUAUGUGUUUAUUAGUAGUUUCUGUGUACUCAUCUUGAGUAGAGCUGACUGUUUCACUUCCUCCUUCAGGCUGGCGGAUGAGCUGAGAGGAUGGGUUCACAGGCACCAGAUCGAAAGGAAGAUGUCUGGAGGGAAGCCAAAGAUAGUGAAAAAAGCUAGAAUAGCGCAGGUGCGUUUUCAUCUACUUUUUUAGUAUUUCUGUAUCAGAUCAUAUUUUCGUAGUAUUUCAAGUUCACAUGUGCACGUGAGUAGGCAUGAUACCCUCUGGUGUGUUGAACGACCUCGUUGGUGUUCAUGUGUAUUGUUUGGUUACACACAUGCAUCAUAGUUGUUUCCCUUCCCUUUUCUACAGAAGGCACAGCUAAGGAAGACAAACUUCUCAAGAUAUCUUCCCAUACAGACCCAUCGUUCCAUUGAAAGGUAACCGUUGUAGACUACUUUUCCCAGUAGUCAACAGUGGGUGUAUAUUCUUCCAUUUCUAAGUGAUUCCUUGGCUUUUGCUUGUUCACUUGUACCAUACUAAACCAAAUAUGGUAUUUGCAUCAACUGAGGAAAAAAGCUGCUGGAAUGAGUCCGACCAUUUUUAUUGGUAUUUGUCUUAGCCCAACUUCCCUUCUGUCUCUCACAGUCAGAUACAAGUGUUCCCUGCUGGUCCAGAGAUCAGCUACAGUGACUUCAUGGACGCUAUUGACCGGCGUGAGGACACCUUCUACGUGGUCUCCUUCAGACGGGUAAGACAGAACAGCAACGCCAAACCUCUACGGAAAUGAAACAGUGUGAACAAAACGGACAGUUGGUGUCAUUCACAUAAUGUAAAACAAAUAUGUCCGACAUUUAUGAACAUACUUUCUCUUUGUAGGAUCACCUGCUGUUGCCAGCCAUCAGCCACAAUAAGACCACACGGCCCAAAAUGUCUCUGGUGAUGCCAGCUAUGUCCGUCAAUGGUGAGUUUUUUUUAUUUUUAUAUCUAGAUAGAACUAUCAGCAGUUUAGAAUUAUGCCAAAUUAUAGCCUCAUUGCACUGCUGUACACUUCUAAAGAUAUUGUCAGAUAUCACUUUUUUGAGAUGCCCUCGUAAUCUUUGAACAAUGGAGAACUUUGAAUUAUGAAUUUCGUUUACGUACAAUUUACGUAUUAUGUAAAAUUGUCAACACUUAUGUGUUAUGUGCCCUUGAGCAAGGCAGUAAUCCCUCAUUUGCUCCAGGGGCACCAUACUACAAUGGUUGACCCUGUAAAACAACGCAUUUCACUGCACCUAUCCGGGGUAUGUGACAAUAAAAUCUUUUUUUUGUUUGUUUAGUUAGCCUCUGUAUCUGUCUAUCUAUUGUACACUCUCCUCUCCCCAUCAGUAUCUGUCUCUUUUUUCACAUUACACUCUCUCUCUCCCUCCCACAGAGAGUUUAUAUAACAAAUCCCAGGGAUAUGAGAUGAUGAUGCAGGUUGAUUGUGAGGUCAUGGACACACGGAUAAUCCCAAUCAAAGCCUCCGCUGUUCCCCCGUCCCUCCGCGACCCCCCUCCUGCUCCCCCCGCCCACCAUCACCAUAGCAACCACACCUCUCUCCGAGGCCGCCACCAUCCCCACACCGGCGGAGCGGCAUCCCCACGGCAACCCUUACCUGUCAGAAGACGGGAGGCAGAGUAUUACAUCAGCCAGGGGGGCGGG